ACAGAAGAGAACUUGUCACUGAAGUGUCUGAAAGAAGCCUGCGCGGACACACACGCGGUGUUCAAAACCAUUCCUUUCGAGAGGAUAUUGCUUGGGACUACUGACAUUCUUGAUAUCUUCUACAAUGCAGGCAAGUAUAGUCAUGUCGACUGUCAGCAAGGCAUUGGCCACGCCACACUACCUUAUUCUUCUAAAUUGUUGUUGGCCAAAAAGUUAGUGUGUGUGUUCUGCACAAACAGGUAUUUUAAGUGCGUACCUGCGCUGCACGGGUGUUUUCGAAUUUCGACACCCAAUUUUACCCUUCUCUUUUGACAGAUGUGGCAGUGGUGGAAAUGAGUGACACUUGCUGCCAGCAGUCCCUCUUCUAUCACCUGGGCAUGAGAGAGAGCUUCAGCAUGACCAAUAACAUCAUCCUAUAUUGUUACAAGCAGGACAGUGACCUGCAAGCACUCAAGGUACACCCAGGGCAUCAUGAGAGCUUAAAAUGAUUAUAUUAUUGAUGAAGGACCAAGUGGACCUUUUGCCAGCUCUCUUUGGGGGAAAAUUGGGUUGUAAAUUAAUUUUAGGGUAUAAAGAAGUCCCCUCCAUUGCCACAGCAAUCCCACCACCAGUUGCAUAAUAUUGCCAAUAACUACUGCUGUACUUUUAAAAAUAAGUAUUUGUGUUAUAUUUUUAGACCUGAUUUCUCUGAUAUAAGUUGAUCCUAGGGCUGUUUUCUCUGGAUUGUUGAACAACGGUUGAAUUGCAGUCUUUUAUGGGUUUAUAGGUCAAUGGAUUUCUUUAGGCCUAUCAGGCGGAUCUGUGUGUUUAGUGGGUAUGUGUUUAGAGCAUGAUAAAACUCUGGAAUGGAUAAGGUAGAAAGGUAAAUACUCCAUAAGUCCUCAAGCAGUGCUCAUAACCUCAUUUGUAUUUAUAAAGCUUUUGCAGAGAUGUGAUUAAGCAAAAACAUUUCACAAUAUUUUAACACAUGUUAAUACAGUGGUACCAAAGUGAAUAUUGUAUGUUUCUGUUUGCUAAUACUGUGCUUCGGUUUGGUCAUAAUAUGUUUAUGUAUGCUGCGUAUACACUACCAUUCGAUUACAGGCUCAAAAUGGCCAGAAACAAAUAACUUUCUUCUGAAACUCGUCAGUCUAUUGUCUAUGAAGGCUAUUCCAUGCGAGAAUUGCCAAGAAACUGAAGAUCUCGUACAACGCUGUGUACUACUCCCUUCACAGAACAGCGCAAACUGGCUCUAACCAGAAUAGAAAGAGGGGUGGGAGGCCCCGGUGCACGACUGAGCAAGAGGACAAAUACAUUAGUGUCUAGUUCAAGAAACAGACGCCUCACAGGUCCUCAACUGGCAGCUUCAUUAAAUAGUACCCGCAAAACACCAGUCUCAACGUCAACAGUGAAGAGGCGACUCCGGGAUGCUGACCUUCUAGACAGAGUUGCAAAGAAAAAGUCAUAUCUCAGACUGGCCAAUAAAAAUAAAAUAUUAAGAUGGGCUGUUCUGUGAAGGGAGUAGUACACAGCGUUGUACGAGAUCUUCAGUUUCUUGGCAAUUUCUCGCAUGGAAUAGCCUUCAUUUCUCAGAACAAGUAUAGACUGACGAGUUUCAGAAGAAAGUUAUUUGUUUCUGGCCAUUUUGAGCCUGUAAUCGAACCCACAAUUGCUGAUGCUCCAGAUACUAGUCUCAAGAAGGCCAGUUUUAUUGCUGCUUUAAUCAGCACAACAUUUUUCAGCUGUGCUAACAUAAUUGCAAAAGGGUUUUCUAAUGAUCAAUUAGCCUUUUAAAAUGAUAAACUUGGAUUAGCAAACACAACGUGCCAUUGGAACACAGGACUGUUGGUUGCUGAUAAUGGGCCUCUGUACGCCUAUGUAGAUAUUCCAUAAAAAAUCUGCCGUUUCCAGCUACAAUAGCCAUUUACAACAUUAACAAUGUCUACACUGUAUUUCUGAUCAAUUUGAUGUUAUUUUAAUGGACAAAAAAAUUGCUUUUCUUUUGAAAACAAGGACAUUUCUAAGUGACCCCAAACUUUUGAACGGUAGUGUAAGUAACACUUGUUUGUGAGAGCUUGUAUGUUAAUACCCAUUUGUUUGUCUCUUCCCUCAGGAGCAGUGUGGGAGCUACACGUUCAUCCCAUAUGUAGUGUUGCCACAGGGCAAGGUCUGCGACGCAACGCUCUUAAACGGCAUCAAAGAACUGAUGCAGCCAAGCUUCCAACUGGAACCCCUCCUCACCCCAUUGGUAGAGAGGCUCAUCCAACUGCUGGACAAUGUGCACGUUCACGCCAGGUCAGCAUGUCAUGCUACCCACGCUGCAUGUCUAAUUAUUCCAUUAUGACUCCCUCAUUGUGUCUUUCACUUUUACUCUACCAAACUGCUUGGUUGGGUGGGAGAAAUAGCAGCAAAUAAACUACAAGGUUAAGCUUGGAAAUGCCUAGACUGCCCAACUGCAAAUGUCUUUCAGUUAGACAUGAGCUAUUAUCAGUGAUUUGUGCAAUAUACAAUAUAUGCCCCUGGAUCAAGAGCAGUUUCAGGGGUUAAGUGCCUCGCUUAAGGGUACAACUGACUCUUGUACCCUUACUAGUGAGUACUUCCGGGAGUCCAUCCGGAAUGAGAUCCGCACGGCCCGGGAGCGCUUCAGUGGCCAGGAGUUGAGUCAGGAGCUGGGCCGCAUCCAGAAGCGCCUGGACACGGUGGAGCUGCUCAGCCCAGACAUCAUCAUGAACCUACUGCUGUCGUACCGGGACGUCCAGGUGGGCUUAGCUCUGGGAGGGAGGGACAGGGACAUGGGUCAUGUUCAUUAGGUUACACUGUAGCAAAGUGUUGUGUAAUGGAAAAUGAAAACGAGCACUUCUUAUCAGAUAGGUCCAGGUAGUCCCUACCAUUUGGUGCCUAAUGAACACGACCCAGGGCUCAGUGGUACUGUGUUUGCCAGUGUCGAGACUUCCCUUGUUUAUGUUUGCUGGCUAUUGUGUUUGGGCAGUAGAUUCUUUAGCAUGGGCUCACUUUUAUGA